GAAGUCUAACGCCCCUUUCCCACAAUACAGCGCGGCGGGAUGUGACAGGAAGUGUUUCCGGGUCAGCGAGAGGCUCUGGGGUUCGGCUGUUCCGGGACAGAGAGUGAUAAUUCCCAUUAUUUGUGAGCCAAGAGGAAUCCCUGUUAGAGACCUACAGACUCCGGAGUUCCCAGUGACGCCUCCUGAUUCCCAGUUUGAAGGGAACCGAUCUCAGGAAUCGGGGGGCAGGAAGAGCCGCACAAGAUGCAGGGGAAAGAGCGAAGCGCCACAGCCCUUGAUGGAUGGGUGGCCACGCGCCAGACACUCGUCGCCGGCGGUAACCAGGAGACAGAUGGGCCCCCGGGGGGCGCCGGAGGCCAGUACUUGUGCAUGGAGUGCAACGAAACCUUCAAUAGUAAAGUCCAACUGAGCUCCCACCGGCAGAGCCACGUGGCCAAGAAGCCUUUCAUGUGUUCCUACUGUGGGAGGGGCUUCCACCACCAGGUCUUCCUACAGGUGCACGAGAGGAGCCACGAGGGAGGAGCCAGUUCCGCCCAUUUACCUGCAGCCAAGCCAAUCGCCUCAAGGGUCAUAUCCACCCGGAGCUGUAGGAACGUUCCCCCUUUAACCUCCAACAGUGUCAGCGCUGCUAAGCCCGCCCCCAGCCACGCCCACUUCCUGCUCAACUCGCUGGUGCAGUUCCGCCAGGAGAACGGGAGCCAGCCAAGCCCCUCCCCCAGGGAAUGCCCCACCCGCCUCAGCCGGUGCCAGCCCGGUGCCCCGAGGAAGGACGGCGCAGAGAGCCGACGUGCCCUCGAGUUGCGGGUUUCUAGCUUCUCCGACACCACGGUCCAAUUGAUCGAUGCGUUUGGGAACUCGAUAGAACUACUGACGGAGGUGUUCGGCUCCUACACACUGAAUGGGCCCAAACCGGCCGGCGCCACAGGGACACACGUGGGUCAGACAGAACCGCUGUCUUCAGCUACGGCUCCCUGUGAGCAAAGAUCCGACAGAACCCAGCGGGAUACACUCGCCUCAAGUACCCGCCAGUCACCCCCUCUGCCCAACACUGACACCCCGACCAUUUGCCCCUCAGAGUCGGACCUCCCCCCAGCUGGGGGCGUAGGUGGCGCUGCCCCCUCUACAACCAGUGAGAAGAUGCCCAGCCGAGACCCAGCGGUUCCUCUGGUUGGAAGACACGCCGCUGAUCCACUACCCAAGGAAACAGAACCAACAAGUGUAGCCCAUUAUCAGACCAGUACAGAACCAGUAGGCUCUAUGGAGGCCAUUACUGAUUCCUCACCACCUACAUCUUCCCAGUCUGUAGUUCCUGCCAAGGGGCAUGAUGGUCCUGGUUCUUGGCCAGUAGGAGACUCUCAGGGCACCACGAGUUACGAGACAGGGAGGGACGUGCCAAGGGAAAGUCCCAAAGAUUCUGCCCCCGGCCUCUCAGAACUGGGUUCUCUGGCACAGACUGAGGGUCCCAGCGGGUCAGGCCCAGGGGCUUUCCCAGAGAAUAAAGGCAACAUUGUCACUGAGCAAGAAGACAACAGCAGCCUAUCGGCAAAGAGCACUCUCCUGCCACGUGAGGGAGGAGUAACUAGCAGUUUAGUGGCACCAGAUGCCCCGCCAGAGAGUGUGGGACUGUCAGUCAGAGCGGACUCAGAACAGGGUGUGGCACCAGUAGUGGGUGUGGCAAGCGCUGACCAGGCCGGGGGGUUAUCGGGUGGCAGAAGGUUAGAGACAGACCAUUCCGAGCAGGUUGGCGAGACAGACACGUGUCCCGUUGGCCUUCCUGCGCUCACGACUAACGCUGCAAAGACAUCAAAACUAGACUCGCGGUCGGAGAAGGGCAGUGGUGGCUACAAGAACGUGCCGGGGCAGAACAUACAGUCUGGGGUAAAAGCUGUGAGCCCUCUGCCAGUGAAUAUCAAACUGUCUCUUGUGCGAGACGCACACUCUCCAGCUAUUGUCCAAGGCACCGAGACUCCUUCAGCAAAUAUUGGCGCCAGUGAUGAGCAAUGUGACUUGAGAGGAGAAGACUUGCCAAGUGAGAGACAUGCUGGAAAGGUCUCGGAGUCAGACAUUGCCGAAAACUCUCCGUCUCGACCCACAAAGAAAGCAGAUUAUGUGCCUAGAGAUUCCGCUGCCUCUCGGUGCGGCCAGGACCCAACCCUUCCAGAGCCAAGUGAGAAUGAAGUCUCAGACCCGAGCUCUCCGCAGCCUGACGGAACUACAACUCCCGGCAACGGUCUGAACCAAAACCCGGCCAUUGUCGAUCAUGACUACAGUGACCAGAGAAGCGCUCUAGGAGACACCCCGGUUCUGAGCUCUCCAAUAACAGCGGAUCCAUAUGUGGAAAGUCCGAUUACUACUGACGUUCAUGAUGUUCCGACUUUAGGAGAAGAGAAGAACAAUACUCAGCUGGGGGGGCAGGUCGAGCAGGAACAGCAUUCCUUAGAUAAAAGGCCUGAAGGAGACAUUCCAGGAAAUGCUGAGAGAGAUACAGAGGGUGGAACUGCCCUUGUUUUAUCAAGGGAUGGGGACCCCGGGGCUACUGUAGACUCCAAAUCCCCUGACAUGGACAGUAGGGACUCGGCAUUACCAGGGGGGGUACAGCCUAAGAGAAGUGAAGGCAGGGAAGACAUCUCUUUCAGUGAAGGCUCCAGGUGGGUCUCUCCUAUGGAGGUCUCUUUCCAAGAGAAGGUAGUCAUGCAUGAAAACGAACAGGGGGCAAAUGCCCAAACCUCUCAUCAGAAUGACGUAUCCCCGCCCUGUGUAGGUGAGAGGAGUCUUAGUAAAUACACUAGUGCCCCGUCAGAGACAGUCGUGCCAAACGCUGAUGGUGUUGCUCUUAGAGACGCUGCUUCUGAUGAAGUGGAACUGGGAGGGACAGUCCCGUGUUUCACAAGCGGGAAACGAGUAAAGGGAAACGAGUUAAAAGAUUCUCCUUCACACGUCUCUUCCAUCUGGUCCAAGAGUUCCGUGACUGCGAUGGAGAGCGAGAGCUCCACGUGCCCCGUAAAGCAAGAGAGUGUUGAGAGUGUCAGUAAUCCGCUGGAGCCAGAGGAACCCGAUGAGAAAGCCAACAAGAUGUACGGCUGCCCAAAGUGUGACAAGUUCUUCAAACUUCCCGUCCUUCUCGCCGGCCACAUGAAAUGUCACGCCUUGCACCUGUGUGUCACGUGUGGCUCCCCCAUUCCGCACAAGUAUAAAACCAAAAGGCUGGCCAAAAAGUGUCAGCAGUGCAUCCAGAAAACCAUCGUGAAAAGGCGCAGGGAACGCCUCCUUUUCCCACACUACUCGGAGGAGGAGGAGGACGAGGACAUGGUCACAUCUGGCAUGGACUUUGCGUUGGACUUUAUCGAGGAUGCAGACAUCACCCUGCCCUGUGACCCUGAUACAGAGGGUGCGUUGGGUGCUGAUCCUGCACCCGAGGCAGAAUUAAUGCAGCUGAAACGUCGGCGCACGAGGCAGAGAGCUAAGUCGGCUGGUUCCCUCGGCUUGGGCCCCAGUGCAGAACAUUCCGGAGUUCAGAAGAAGAGAGGUGGCCAACCGAGCAAGGCCGAUCUUAUUCCCGCCACGGUCCCUAAAGUGUUCAAAUGCUUGCAGUGCGGCUUGUCGUUCCUCCAGUCGGCGUCCAUAGUGAAGCACAUGAAGGAACAUUCCGGGGCACAGACCCAACCCUGCAAGUGCUAUUUAAUUGUCCGACAGGGAGAGAAGCAGAUCCUGAAGAAAUGCAACGUGUGCCGGGAACAUACUAAGGACACGGCAUCGGAUGCAUCGCAGCUCUCAGAUUCGCCCGUCUCUGGCUCAGAACUGGACCUUCCUACUGCAGGUCCCAAAAAGGGCAUUAAACGUGCCCGAAAGGGGGAUGCGGCCUACCGGAGAGCUAGUGAGAAGAAAAUCCCCCAGAAGCGAGGAAAAUAUGCCCGGAAGUCCAUGGCUCCUGUGGAGGAGGGCCACGAUGAGCCGUAUCUUGAGGAGCGUAGCCAGAGUCCAUCCUUGGAUGGAGAGUUAAUAUCCACUAGCUGGGAAGACUCUUUUGGUGAGGAAAGUUUCCCGGGAAGAGGUUCCCCCCACGAGAGAUCCAGAGACCCACUUCUUAAGCCACAUGUGUGCGAGGUGUGUGGCAAGUCCUUCCGGCUGCCUCGAUACCUCCAGCUCCACAUUGUCAUGCACACGGGAACGCCAUGCGAGUCCUGCGGCUGCCUGUUCCGCUUUAAGCGAAGAGCUGGGCGGCACUCCAAGAAAUGUCGCUUGUGCAGGACGAGGGGUAAAGAGCAGGGGCUUCAGCCCGACACCAUACUCGCUCAGAGUCCGCUUGUGGUACCUGACGCUCCUAAAGCUAAAGUCCUGAGCUCUUUACCCCACGGCAAACAGUCCAAAGCUCCCAACCAGGCCAAACGCGGCAAAGCAUUUAAAGAGAAGAAAUCACAGCUGUUGAAAGGGCCUUCAGGCCAAUCCAGGAAGAGGAAACUGAGCCUAACCCAACCGGAGGAAGGCAAGAAGAAACCAAAGAGGGUGGAAGACCUUUCUCCGUCUACACCCAAAAAGAGGGGACGACCCCCUGGGAAGCCAUCGACAGACAAAAUGCUCUCAAGGCUAAAGACCUCUGCUAUCAAAUCGGAAAGCAAAUCUAUUGCGGUGAGCGGUGAGGGGCUACACCCCGGAGAAACGGCUAAAAGUUCUGUUAGUGGUGAAGGCAAACCCAUCAAAUCUGAUGAAGUGCCGACCUACCAGAUCCUACCCACCAUGUCGAUAAAGGAGGAGCCCAAUGCGUCCGAGAUAUCAAGUUUCCUCUGCUCCGAGUGUGGGCAGAACUUUCCUUAUAAGCAUUUACUGGAUAGUCACCUGCAGACUCAUACGGGGGACCGCCCUUUCGCCUGCCCCGACUGUGACAAGCGCUUUGCCAAGAUCAACCAUCUCACCAUCCACAAGCGCGUGCACACGGGAGUGCGCCCUCAUGUCUGUUCCGUGUGCAACAGCAGCUUCAGGCAGAAAUCCAGCCUCCUGGCCCAUCGCUACACUCACGCCAACCAACCACCCCUCCUGGUCACCUUGUAUGAAUGUUCCAUCUGCCUUAAGGAAUUCAAGCAAAGCAGCGACCUGGAGGCUCAUGAAUGCAGUUUGCCCGUCGAGCCUCCUGUCCAGUGCAAGGACUGCGACCGCGUCUUCACCAACAAGGGCAGACUUGCCGUCCAUAGCAGGGUGCACACAGAGCAGACAUCAUACCCUUGCCCCAUAUGUGAGAGGAGCUUUAUCUACAAGGCCAACUUGGAGCGGCACCAGCAGAAGCACAAAGGCGAAAAGCCAUUCUCUUGUGCCAAGUGUGGAGUCAGCUUCGCUCGGCGCAAGACGCUGGAACGCCACAAGCUUGCCCACGGGAAGAAAGGACUCUUCUCCUGUACCCACUGCAAGAAGCACUUCCUUCUCCAGAGCUGGCUCUUCAGGCACAUGAAAAUCUGCCAAGGAGUGGGCAAAGGAAAGGUUCUGAAGAGAAGGAAGAAGAUCAAGGAAGAUGUAGAAGUCUCCAGCACAGUCUCCUCAGAAGAAGCUGAGAAGAAGAUGAUCAAGGUCGAAAACAAAGAGCACAAAAUAAAAAAACUGGUGAAAAGCAAAUUGCCGGUGGAACCCAAGCACAGGUCGAAGGCGGUGGAGGGGGGCAAGGAGGAGAAGCUCAAACUGAAGGUGGCAAAAGCAGAGAAAGGAGCGAUGAAGAAAAAGCUGACUGAAAGUAGCCAAGAGAAAGGAGAAGGGAGUGGAGUGGAAGAGGAGAAGAAAAGGCCAAACGAAGAAGAGAAUGUAAAGAGAGAGAACAAGCAGGAGCAACUGAAAAAGGGGCCAAGGGAUAUUCUAGAAGGAACAAGCGCCAAUGAGGGGAAACCGAAAGCCAGAGGUUCUACCCCUGCUAAGAAGGAUAUGCCUGGGGAGGAGAAGCAGAAGAAUGUCAGCGUGGACCCUUCCACCAAUAAGGAUCUGCUUGGCGACGAGAAGCCAACUGGCAAAGGUGCCACCACCACAAAGCCAGUGGGGGAAGAAAAGCAGAAGGGCAGAAAUGUCACCCCAGCAAAGAAGGAACUAAUCGGAGAUGAGAAGCUGCCGAGGGCAAAAGGCACCCCCCCAGUAAAGAAGCCACGACUCGAGAGCAACCCAAAGGUGUCUACUCCUGAUAGGAUGAGGAAAGAGGGAGGGAAAGGAAAGGAGCCUCAGGGGAAGCUUAGUUAUGGCACGGGCAAGAAGUGAGGGGGGGUAUAAAGGGUGAUGGGGGCAGAUAUGUCAUGUUCCUACACAGGCCAAGGCCCUGGCAGGCUUCCUACUGAGAGCAGGUCCCACCCCAAUGGCUUCUCUCUACGUGUCAGCUGACUUUCAUUUUAAUUAAUAAAUAUGUUUUGGUUUUGA